AUGGAGAUGGGUCAAAUGGCAGCCAAAAAGCUGCGGUCUUCGUACAACAGGUUUAACUCCAAGGACAGACAUGAGGAGGAUGAUGAUGAUGAGGAUGUUGAGAAUGAAGAAGACUUGCAGGGCAGCUGCAGCACCAUGAGCACCAAGUCAGGAGGUUACGCUCCAGGAUGCAGAAAUUACAGACUGGCAGCAGCGUGUCUGGGGCUGCUGUGUCUUCUUCUACUGAUCAUCAUCAUCGCGUUGUUGGUCACAUUCAACAACCUGACCACACAAAACACCCAGUUACAGACCAGUUAUAACAACCUGACCGCUGCGAGGGACCAGUUACAGACCAGUUACAACAAACUGACCACAGAAAACACCCAGCUCCAAACCAGUAACAAGAAUCUGACUGUCGAGAGAGAUCGGUUACUGACCAGUUACAAAACCCUGACUCUAGACAAAGACCAGUUAGAAACCACUCACGACAAUAUGACCACUGAAAGAGAAAUGUUAUUGACCAUCAAACAAAAACUGACUUUGGAAAAAGACCAGUUACAAACCAGCUAUGACAACAUGACUGUCGAGAGAGACCAGUUACAGUCCAGUAACACCAACCUGACUGUCGAGAGACACCAGUUACAGGCCAGUAAGACCAACCUGACUCUAGAGAGAGACCAGUUACUGUCCACUAACACCAACCUGACUCUAGAGAGAGACCAGUUACUGUCCACUAACACCAAUCUGACUCUAGAGAGAGACCAGUUACUGACCACUAACACCAAUCUGACUCUGGUGGGAGACCAGUUACAGGUCACCAUUAAGGGACUGGUCAAAGAAAUGGAAACAUUACAGAACAACUACAGCAGAAUGAGCAUCCAGAGUGACCAGUUCCAGAAGAAGACCGAGGAACUUCAGAACAAGUGUAACGCUUUAGAUACCCAAAUUAAACAGGGAUGGAGCUACUUCAGCUCGAGUCUUUAUUACGUCUCUGCUGAAAAGAAGAGCUGGACUGAGAGCCAGGAGAACUGCAAGACCAAAGGAGGACAGCUGGUGAUCAUAAAGAGCAAAGAAAAGCAGGACUUCAUACUCAAGCAGCUCGGCAGCGAUCAGGCCUGGAUCGGUUUAAGCGACCAACACCAUGAAGGGAACUGGAAAUGGGUGGACGGUACAACACUGACCACUACGUUCUGGGGUCCAGGUGAACCAAAUAAUGCAGGUGAUGAGGACUGUGCUGAGAUCGUUGGACUCCCACGAAUUAAGAGCUGGAACGACAGUCCAUGUUCUAACAAAGCCCGGUACAUCUGUGAGAAACACUUUUCUUAG